UAUAAUUAUUUGAAGGCCUCAGAGGGUACGCAGGACUUUGAGAGAGAGUAAGGGAUGACUGGCAUGUCAUUCAUGUGAGUUAAGUGUUGGCCAUAGACAGAAGUAAAACGAAACCUCUCACGAGCAGAGAUGUGUGUUCGCAGUGUUACAGAGGUGCGGUGUCAAAUCUCCAUCCUCUCUCUCUGCACUACCCACUGCCCCCUCUCCCUGAUACUCGUGGUAGAUGGAAACCCUUGGAAGAUACGGUUACUUCAGGGAGCUGCAUCAUUCAGUAGUGAAGCUGCUCUGAGGGACGUUUAACCUCAGUGAUUCUGCCAUAGGCACUGUCUUUGAAUCCAAGAGUGAAGAAGCAGUGCGGUACUUUUUAAGGGCCAAAUUUUGAAUUUAAAUGUGAAAGCUUUAUUAAAUAAUGAAUACUAAAAGCCAUUAAGCCGUAUCAAGGACAAAAAUGCUUGCUUCUGUCAAAAGUGAUAAAUGUGCUCACCAACUGAUUUUUACUCAUCUGGUUUGCAGUUUACAGUUGUGUUUCUUAUACCUGUUAAAACUUGAUUAUAAAUUGUAAUGAGUAGAAAACCACAAAGGAUUAACAAACUUUAAAUGUUUAUAAUCAAGAUCACUGUGUAGUGUUGCUCGGUGACCAUACCCAUGUGGUGGUUCAUCCAGAGAUGACUCAUUUUGGGACUAGAUGAAAUUAAUUGUUAAAUAAUGAAAGCAAAUAACAUGCAUAUAUGGACUCAGGAAAAAAUCUGCACUCACUUUCAUGCAAGCAAUUUAUCUACUUCUAUUGCUAUAGCACGCUUAAUCUUUUACAGGAAGAAGUUUGCUCUCUUAACAUCAGCAUUCUCCUGAGAAUUGAGGGCUGUAUAUUGAGACAUGUAUGUACCUCCCCAUCACCUCAGGCCAAUCAACCUGUGAACAGAUUAACCCCUGAAAGGUCAGGCAGUCCUAAUCAAAACCUCCAGAACAAUGUAGUCCCACUGCAGUUCCAGCAUGAUUACCAAUGGACAAAGCAGUAAUGACUUUCUCAUGGUUUCUGACUCCUUUAAUGCUUGUUGUGCUCAUUUCUCUUACUUUCAGAUGCACAAUAUACCCACUAUGGUCUGCAGGUUGUUCCAGGUUUGUGCCGUAAGCAUUGCCUUUCCAUUCAUAUGUCUGUUCAUUUUGAUUAAUUUCUGAGCUUGCCUUUCCAGAUGUCAGUUUCUGGAGGUAUUGGAAUAAUAAAUUGUCAGGGCCACUCCUUGUUCAGUGAGCACCUGGGUGCCUUUCUCAACCUUUAGAUGUAGGAUGCUACUUAGAUUAAAACAAUUAUGUUUUCCAGGAAAGAGAGGCCAUGUCUACCCCCACAGGUGCUGGAAGGAUGGAGUUCUCUCCCCAGAGCAGUGUAACUGUGCUGUUGUGUUCUGCUGAAAUAGCUGCCAGACAGGAUCAGCUUGUACCUGAUUAGCAUGGAGCAUCAGAGCCCAGUGCAGGCCUCUGUGCACCCAUCCACUCAGACAGGGACACAAUAAGUACUUCAUCUAUCAACAAAGAGGAGCUGGCAGGCCCUGCAGUGCCAGAGCAGUGAAACUACCCAAACUGGGAGACAAACUAGCUUUCACAUCCAUCAUUUUGAUCACAGUAUCUCCCAGGUAUCUUGGUUGGGAAUGGGCCCCUGAUGUGAAAAACAAAUGCCCUGCUGUGUGUAAAAAGAAAGACAAAAAAACUGGACCUGUUUCAGAACAUUACCACACAUUUGGGUUUCCAUGCAUUUGAGAAUGGUUUUGUGUAAGAGUAUCAAAGAUUUCCAGAAUAAGAUAAACUUCGUUGGAAUAGUAAUGGAUUUGGCAACACUGGGUAUGUCCCUGGAGCACACAGUAGAAGUAGUCCCUGCAUGCCCUCAAAAACCAGCGUGUUGGGACACCCCCACACAUUCCCUGUGGAGUUCAUCACUGCAUGUGCCAAAAGCCCACUGAAUCCUAAAUAUUCCAAACCUCCUACGUACACAUGGUACUACCAGAGGCACAGUCAGAGUCGAGUCCUGGCCAUGUGGGGACAAUUUAAUUUAAUAUUUGCAGAAAGUCAGCUGACAAGUCAGCAACUGACAAGUUCCAUGGGGCAUUUAUGCACAAGCAGCUGGUGCACAAUCAUUUUAAUGAAAACAACUGCAUGUCUUUAAAUAUACAAUGCACAUAUUAGCUUUCCUUGUUUGAAUCAAGUUUUUUACCUAUUUCAAGGUCAAAAUUACCUCUUCUCUGCAUUUUUUUUUUCAAUUAGCAGGCCAUUACAGUAUGUUUAGAUAACCACUGCCUUUUGAUGACAAAAUGUUUAAGCUUCCUGACCUUUUCUCUGUUACUCCCCUAUUACAUUAGUGGAGGCUGAGGUUUGUUAAAUUUUUCAUAUGUGAGAUUUACAUAAUUCAACGAUCUUCUUUCGCUUGAAGAUUGUGGAUUUUCAAAUGGAUGUGGUUGCCAAGGUCCUCAUAAAAAUAAAUCAAACUCAGCAGUGAUCCCUCCCCCUUUAUUCUUUCAUUUCCUGCUUCCUGUUAUUUAUAAUUGUUCUCUUAUCCUUGCACUUUUCUUCCACUUUCCUUUAUUUUGUCAAAACAGGCUGUGCAAUAGAAAAAUCUGGUCACUUGCAUGCCCAAGAGAUUAAUUGACCUUUGUGCCUUUAAGCGGUUCAAGUCAGAACAGCAAAGACAGAAUUCGCAGCAGAUUUAUCUUUCUGGAAAUAAGUAACAGGCUCUUCAAAGCCCCACCAGAGGCAUCAAUUGCCUUAUUUCUGAUCUAAUCUAAGUUCUGAAUGUUUAUAAAGUGCUUCUAAAGAUGGAAUCCUGGAGUAAAAGUCAAAGCAUCAAAAAUUAUCUGUUUUCAGUUGUGUUUAAGAUUGGGUGCACAGUUGGUUCUCGAUUGCAGGCCAAAGUCUGCUCCAGCGGAAGGCUUUGACAGCAGUAGCAGGGCUGUCCCUGCCCAGCAGUGCAAGCACGCAGCUGAACCAGCCUGCUUUAAUCUCACUGCGGUCCCGAGCAAACAAGGAAAUGAAUUCCUGGCCAUCUGCAAGGAGAGGAGCCCCAGCAUUCUCGGAAAGUGCAACUUCUCUAUGGACCUUAGAGCGCAAAAGCUGAAGCAGAACGAGUGCAAUCGGUCUUUCACUUUCCCUGGAUUCCUGUUAUUUAGUUCUGCAAAUAAAACUGGGGAUAUUCGGUCUUCCUACAAGUAGAAACGGCUUCAAAAGGCCGUGAUAAACAGCAGUCGGGGAGAUGCAGACGCUUCUUGUUGAAUUUAUGGGCCAGGGUCGUCUUUUGUCGCUUCCCCUCGUGUGGUGCAGCAUUUAUCACUCCGGGACAAAUUUAUCGGCGGGAGCGGCGAGGCUGGGCUGCCUGAGCUUCCCGACGGGAACCGGGCCGGGAGGGCACGGAAGAUCAGCGGGACAAACCCGAUGAGAAACAGGAGUGGGUCGGUGCCGGGGGCCCGAUGAGUUACGGGGAGCCCCACCGGGGGCAGAGCCGCGAGGGCAGCUCAGCCCCGCUAAAGCCCCACUGAUGGACUUUCACAUUUGAACCCGCCCGGGCACCCGCGCUGCCCCGGCCCGCGGCCCGUUCCCGGCGGAAGCGGAAGGGCCGGGCAGCAGCCGGAGCAGCAGCGGGAGCCCAGCCUGAGUAGCGGCGGCAGGAGCGGCGCUCGGUAGCGGCGGCAAACAUGCCUGCAACAUGCGACUUUGUUACACUCCACACUGGGCAGAAGAUGCCUCUCGUGGGACUGGGAACUUGGAAGAGUGACCGUGGCCAAGUGAAGGAGGCAGUGAAACACGCCCUCAGCGUGGGCUAUCGCCACAUCGACUGCGCGGCCGCCUACAGCAACGAAGCCGAGAUCGGGGAGGCCUUCCAGGAGUGCGUUGGGCCCAGCAAGGUUAUUAAAAGGGAGGACCUGUUUGUAACAUCAAAGCUCUGGAAUACCAAGCACCACCCUGAAGAUGUAGAGCCAGCACUGAGGAAAACACUUGGAGAUAUGAAACUGGAUUACCUGGACCUGUACCUCAUGCACUGGCCUCAUGCCUUUGAACGAGGGGACAACCUCUUCCCAAAGAAUCCUGAUAACACGAUGCGUUAUGACUACAUUGAUUAUAAGGAAACCUGGAAGGCUAUGGAGAAACUAGUGGAAAAAGGUCUUGUGAAAGCCAUUGGGCUGUCAAACUUCAACAGUCGUCAGAUUGAUGAUGUUCUAAGUGUGGCUACUGUGAAGCCAGCUGUGCUCCAGGUGGAAUGCCAUCCUUACCUAGCUCAGAACGAGCUGAUUGCUCACUGCCAGAAACGAGGACUGGUGGUCACUGCCUACAGUCCCCUUGGCUCUCCGGAUCGCAUGUGGAAACACCCGGAUGAGCCUGUGCUGCUAGAGGAACCUGGGGUCAAAAAAAUUGCUGAAAAAUACAGCAAGUCACCUGCACAGAUCAUCCUCAGAUGGCAAGUGCAGCGUAAAGUGGUUGUCAUUCCCAAGAGUGUCACUCCUGCUCGCAUUCAGCAGAAUCUGCAGGUGUUUGACUUCAGCCUCACAGAAGAGGAGAUGAGCCACAUUGGAAGCCUGAACAAAAACUGGCGCUACAUUGUGCCAAUGAUUACGGUGGAUGGAAAGCUAGUAGCCAGAGAUGCUGGACACCCCCACUACCCCUUCAACGACCCCUAUUAAGAACUGGAAAAUGAGGUGUUACAGUAACGAUCCAGUAAUUGCCUUCACACAAAGUAAUUGUUGCGACGAUUUUUUGACAGUUGCCACUGCCCAAAUUAAAACCUUCCUUCCCAAGUGGGUUUUCCUACAAUGUACUACUUCUAAUCGACCUCCUGCCUGGAGAUCCUGUAGCUUCUGUUUCAGAGAUUUUGUUUGUGGAUUUAUCACAAUGACUACAAGCUGGCUCCUGGAGGCAUCAGAUCUUUUGGAGAUUAGAUAAAGAGUGAGGAGUCUAAGUCAAGUUCCAGACACAUCGUUAUCAGACAAGGGCAUUACUUUGAGUAAUUACUUUGGUUACUACUGUGAAACGGUUUUGAAAACUUCAAUUGCUACCAUGAUGAGGGGAAAAAAAGAAGGGUGAAGGUGUGAAAGUUUUUUAAGGCUAAAGAAUUGCUCAGCCAUCAACUUUGAUCUCUUUUAUUAAUAAUUUUUUACACAGGGAAUAAAGUGAAAGGUGCUACAAUUGCACUAUGUCCCUAAAUCAUUCAUUAAAACCCAAGUAAUCAGACAUGCCCAGUGCUUUUAUCCACUUCAUAGUACUUUUGGGACCUAGAGUUGUCAAUUUUCUCUUUCUUUUAAUUUGCCUGUAGAUUUGAGCAGAAUAAAAGCAGACCCUGGAGCAGGCCUUCAGGGCAAUCCUCUCUCUUGCUUGUCACAGUGCUGGGUUUCAGCUCUCACAGCACCUCUGAUCCUAUCACAAAAGCCACAAGAACUUUGCAGCAAGUCUUGCAGAAAAACAUCCUGCUUUUCCUAUGAAGGUGUCCAGUAUUUCUUGACCAAAGAUGUCCAUUUUGAGUUCUGGAAGGUCACAAAAUUAGUUCCUAAUUGCACAGUAAGACCAAAGACCUUUCAGAGCUCCCAGUGUUUUAAUGUUGCAUUUUUGGUUGCUGCCAAAAAAUGUCUUUGGCUGAUGCUUAGGAGAGCUGCUCCUGUCUCCUGCUGUACCACUGACCUGCUGGUAACUCGGGGCGAGUCCUUUGCCUUUUGUGCCUGUUUUCCUACUUGCCAUGUCUGUGUUCCCCUGGCAGGGACUGAUUUGCUGAGUGCUGAUGCACCCUUGGACUGGAACUCCAGCUCUUAAGCAGUUUUCUUUUGUGUCAGUCUCCUAAUGAACUGGCUGAGCACAAAGGGCAUGAGGUGUUGGUACCUACCUGUGCUCUGGUGGUGACACUUUCUGUGGCCUUAGAAACAUCAACACUUUAUUUUGGUCCUCUCUACCUGUUAAGUAGGAUUAAUUUUUUUCCCACAGUAAUUAGAAUUGCUAUUGGAUUGCUAUUUUCCCGUAGCAAGCAAUUAGAAAAACAGUCUUGUAUAUCAAAUAGUUCAAAAGUUAAGGAAUUAGACGCUUUAAUUUGGAUACCCUCGUUUGCAAUAGGCCUAUAGCAGAUCUAUGUAUUCGAGUGUAAAGCUUUCUCAGGUAAUUCCUGCCUUGGGCCUCACAGUGUGCAGCUGAACUGCAAAAAAAAGAGUGACACCAAUUUAUCACUCCUUGUAAACCGCAGGCAAAAUUUCAGGAACUUCUGUUGCUUCGUAAAAUGCUUCUUAAUUCCUCAUGAAUUUGCCUCAGUGGAGGAAGCCAAUCCUCCUUUAGGAUUCUUUAUUAGACUGGACGUUUUCUCCUAAGGAAAAUUAAAUUCUUGUUGAUAUAUUUAAUUGUUCUACUCAAACAUGGUGACUUUGAAUACUGUUCUUGUUGCAAUCCUGCCAAGGACAGUGGCUUUUCUUGCUUGUUUCACUUGCAUGUUUGCUUGUUUAAAUAAAUUCUGUACUCAUUG